AAGACAGCAAAACCGCUACUGCAGGUCAGAAACGGCAUAAAUAAAUUCCAGAGAAGACAAGAAGAGGUCCUCCUGCACGAGCUGCUUCCGAGAGAAGGAUGCAGUCAUUGAGCUGGUCCUGGCUGAGUGUGGACCCAGUGCUGGCCUCCCCCUGGCAUCUUCUGCUGCUCUUCGGGGCUUCGUGGCUCGUGGCGAAAAUUCUGGCCUGGGCUUACUCCUUCUAUGAGAAAUGCGCCCACCUCAGAUGCUUCCCUCAGGCCCCUAAGAAGAACUGGUUUUGGGGACACCUGGGCACGAUCCAGAACAAUGAGGAAGGCAUGCAGAUGGUGACUGAGAUGAGCAAGGUCUUCCGAGAUGUCCAACUCUGUUGGCUGGGACCUGUCAUCCCUGUGCUAAAGCUUGUCGACCCUGCAUUCAUUGCCCCCCUGCUCCAUGCCCCAGUUUUGGUGGCUCCCAAGGACAUGACUUUCUAUGGCUUCCUGAAGCCCUGGCUGGGGGAUGGGCUCUUUCUGAGUUCAGGUGACAAGUGGAGCCGCCAUCGCCGCCUGCUGACACCUGCCUUCCACUUUGACAUCCUGAAGCCCUAUGUGAAGAUUUUUAACAAGACCGUGAACAUCAUGCACGUCAAGUGGAAACGUCUUGCCUCAGAAGGCAGCACCCGUCUGGAAAUGUUUGAGAACAUCAGCCUCAUGACGUUGGACAGUCUGCAGAAAUGCCUCUUUGGCUUUGACAGCAACUGUCAAGAGUCUCCCAGUGAAUACAUUGCUGCCAUCUUGGAGCUCAGUUCCCUGGUAGCAAAAAAGUACCAGCAGCUCUUCCUAUAUGUGGACUUCCUGUACUACCUCACUGCUGAUGGGCAGCGCUUCCGCAAGGCCUGUGACCUGGUGCACGACUUCACAGAUGCUGUCAUCAGGGAGAGACGCCACACCCUCUCCAGCCAAAGUGUUGAUGAGUUCCUGAAGUCCAAGGCUAAGUCCAAGACUUUGGACUUCAUUGAUGUGCUCUUGCUGGCCAAGGAUGAACAUGGAAAGGAGCUGUCUGAUGAGGACAUUCGGGCAGAGGCUGAUACUUUCAUGUUUGGAGGCCACGACACCACAGCCAGUGCUCUCUCCUGGACCCUGUACAACCUGGCAAGGCACCCGGAAUACCAAGAGCGCUGCCGGCAGGAGGUGCAGGAGCUGCUGAGGGGCCGUGACCUUGAGGAGAUUGAAUGGGACGACCUGGCCCAGCUGCCCUUCCUGACCAUGUGCAUCAAGGAGAGUCUGCGGCUGCAUCCUCCGGGUACAGACCUAGUCCGGGGCUGCAUCCAGGACAUUGUGUUGCCGGAUGGGCGAGUCAUCCCCAAAGGCAGCGCAUGCGUCAUCAGCAUUUUCGGAGUUCAUCACAAUCCUUCAGUCUGGCCAGACCCGGAGAUCUAUGACCCCUUUCGCUUUGACCCAGAAAACCCUCAGAAGAGGUCACCUCUGGCUUUUAUUCCCUUUUCUGCCGGGCCCAGGAACUGCAUAGGACAGACUUUUGCCAUGAGCGAGAUGAAGGUGGCGCUGGCGCUCACACUGCUGCGCUUCCGCGUCCUGCCCGACGACAAGGAGCCGCGCCGGAAGCCGGAGCUGAUCCUGCGCGCGGAGGGCGGGCUGUGGCUGCGGGUGGAGCCGCUGAACAUGGGCACGAAGUGACCCCACACCUGGCCUGGAACCUCCUCACCCACCCGCCUACCUCUGUGGAUCCCAGAAUAAACAGUCUCACUGAGUGCCAGCAGGGAGUCUAGAGGAAAACACAGAUCCUAUUGGUGUGUUGGGGAGAGGCUGG